AUGCUUAGAAAAUUACUGAUAGGACAUAGUGAAUAUUAUAAGACGGGCGAGGAAUCCGAACGAGAGAACCAAGCCAAGGAGGAAGAAGGAGUAGAAAUGAGCCCGCGUCGAAUAGGACUUCAUCAAAAGAGAAGCCCAUAUAAGGAGGCAAGGGACUUGCUAAAGGGUGGAAAGUCCAAAAUACUGUCUAACAAGGAUUACUCUAAGGCAAGCAUAAGGGAGCCGUUAAAAUUCCCCAAAGCCAUCAUCACUGCAGCAGAAGGUGAAUAA